CUUGAUUGGUUGUCAAGGCUUCACUUACUAUACCAUUGGUUGAACAAGGAUAUCCAUUUUGUAUUUUUUGUAACAAAAAUUUUCUUUAAAAAGGAUAAAUAAGCUAGGCCAUUUAGCUAGAAAUAGCUUUUGAAAAAUCGUUAAAACUAUAAGCGGACGUCAAAGUCUCCGUGCAUUGCCAUGCAAGUAACCAUUUUCUUUCUUAGCUGUUAUCUUUUUUCCAACUUCCUCGUCACUCGAUCGUCAAGAAAGUGAUGUCCAGAUCCUUUUUAUGUCUGUCUAUAUCAACUUCCCAUGUUUAGCCACAACCCUUUUAUUAUUCCCAUUCUUUUUUUUUUGGCAGAAAAACAAAAACGCAGCAAUUUCAUUGAUAGAUCAGUUUUUGCUGUUGCAUUGCAAAGUUUAUAAAGAGCUACGCAACAAUGGUGGAGUGUGAAAAGCUCGACAAGAAGACUCUUAACCAGAUAAUAUUCGAUUGGUGAACAUGAAUGGGGAGAAGAAAAUAGGAAUAAAAGAUUUAUAUCCCACGUGAUGACAAAUAGCUAGAUAGCGCACUUUUCUUUUCUUUGAUGUUUACCCCAGCAAUUAAAAUGCUACUCAACCUUGCACUAGAAAAAGAAUCAAAAUAAAACAAAAUUGAAGCCGAAAAACAAAAUUAAAAUGAGAGAGAAAAACAAAAAAAAUCAAAGUAAAGAUAAAAAGAAAAAGAAAAAGAAAAUAUAGAUAUCUUCAAGUGUAACAAAAAGACAUGGAAGCGACUGUGUCACCCGAAGUCCAAAAAGUGGAAAAGAAAAAGCCAAAACGUUUUCAUCGACGACGAAAGGGGAACACAAGAAACAGAAGAAAACAUAUUGUUUCAAUCUUUUUAUUUUCUCCCUGUCUCCAUCUCCAAAAUCAAAAACCCCACUAGUUUUUUUAAAAUUUAAGCCCUUUUUAAACCUUUCCGUCCUCUAAAACAUUCUUUUUCCUCCAUCUUUACCGUAUUAUAUGUCUUUCAGCCGCUAAUGAGCAUGGACUCGGACCCACCAUUUCACAAGGCCUACAAGUCCUUCUUCGACAAAACCAUCAUCAACAAAGCAGUUCCAUCUCCAACCAGCAGUGGUAGUACUAGCAAUUACCCUCUUCUCGUCGAGGAAUGCGACCUGCCGUUGAUCGACCUGAGCCUUUUAGACCUUGGUGAUGAAGCUGAGAUAGACAACUGCAAGUCCCAGAUAGCUAGGGCUUCGCAGGAGUGGGGUUUCUUUCAGGUUGUGAACCAUGGAAUUUCUUCUGAGCUUCUGGAGAAGAUGAGGUCCGAGCAGAAAAAGGUGUUCAGCCAACCUUUCGACAUGAAGAGCCAAGAAAACAAGUACUUGAACUUUUCAGCCGGAAGCUACCGAUGGGGAACACCAACGGCCACAUGCCUGCGCCAGGUUGCAUGGUCUGAAGCUUUUCACAUUCCCCUCUCCAACAUUUCUGGCUCCGAUGGUCUAAAUACUCUCAGCUCAACAAUGGAACAAUUUGCAGCAAAAGUUUCCAACCUGGCGCAAAAAUUAGCUGAAAUAUUAGCUGAGAAAUUGGGUCAAAAGUCUACAUUCUUCCAAGAAAAUUGCUUGUCAAGCACUUGUUUUCUUAGAAUGAAUCGAUAUCCACCAUGUCCCAUCCCAUCUGAAGUAUUUGGUCUGAUGCCUCACACUGACAGUGACUUCCUGACCAUAUUGCAUCAAGAUCAGGUUGGAGGAUUGCAAUUGGUUAAAGAUGAUACUUGGAUUGCGGUGAAACCUAAUCCGGAGGCUCUUAUUAUUAAUAUUGGAGACUUGUUUCAGGCAUGGAGCAACGAUGUUUAUAAGAGUGUUGAACACCGAGUUGUGACAAAUAUGGAAGUGGAGCGGUUCUCCACAGCAUAUUUCUUCUGUCCUUCAUAUGAAACUGUGAUAGAAAGUUGCUGUGAGCCUUCAGUCUACAGAAAAUUCAGCUUUGGGGAAUAUCGGCAGCAAGUGCAAGAUGACGUCAAAAAUUUUGGUUUCAAAGUGGGCCUUCCUAAGUUUCUUUUGUAAAAUUAAUUAAGCAGGAAGCCAAUUGAAUUUUGCUAGAUAUCGAUCAAUGUGUAGUGAUUCAUGAUCAUUACCCUUUAGAGAUUUUUUUUUUUUUUUUCCCCUUAUUGCAUUAAUUCUCUGGCCGGUUAGCAGUGUGGAUGGGUUAUCAUAUAUAAUGGCAAAUAAUAUUCAUUUUGAGCAUAAA